AUGGCACACCUCACCACCCUCCAGCCGCGCAUGGCCAAGCGCCCGCCCUUCACCGUUGAAGCCUCCGGUUACGAGCCCGUCGAAGGCGAGACCAUCCCUCGCCGCCACCCAGCCGCCAAGGACAAGCUCAUCACUCGUCCUGCGGAGGGCAUCGAGACCACAUUCGACAUCUUGCGAAGAGGCGCCAAACUGUUUGGCAACGCCAAGUGCGUGGGCUCGCGCUCCCUGAUCAAGACCCAUGUCGAGAACAAAAAGGUCAAGAAGCUCGUCGACGGCGUCGAGCAGGAGGUUGACAAGAAGUGGACCUACUUUGAAAUGAGCGAGUACUCUUACCUGUCCUUUAUCGAGUUUGAGCAGCGUGUUCUCCAGAUCGGAUCCGGCCUGCGCAAGCUUGGCUUGUCCAAGGGCAGCCGUGUCCACCUCUAUGCUGCGACCAGCGCCCACUGGUUGUCUGUUGCUCAUGGCGCUGGAUCGCAAUCUCUGACCUUUGUCACUGCCUACGAUACCCUCGGAGAAGAUGGUCUCCGACACUCGCUCAAGCAAACCAAGAGCGAUGCCAUGUUCCUGGACCCCGCGUUGCUUUCCUCUCUCACCAACGUCCUCAAAGACGCCCCCUCGAUUAAGCAUAUCAUCUACAACACCGACGGAGAGGUCAAGCAGAGCGACCUCGACAAGCUCAAGACCGACUUUAGCCAUAUCAAUGUCAUCAGCUAUGAAGAGCUCCGAAAGCUCGGCGAAGAGAACCCGGUUGACCCGGUUCCCCCCAAGCCCGAGGAUCUCUUUUGUAUCAUGUACACUUCCGGCUCGACUGGCCCUCCCAAGGGUGUAUCUCUGACGCAGGAAAAUGUGGUCGCAGCGGUCGCUGGUGUCACUGAGGUUGUUGGCCCGUACAUUGGCCCCGGAGACUCGUUGCUGACCUACCUUCCGCUCGCCCAUAUCCUCGAGUUUGUCUUUGAAAACGCGACCCUUUUCUGGGGUGGUACCAUGGGCUACGGAAACGCCAAGACACUGUCCGACGGCUCGAUGCGCAACUGCAAGGGCGAUAUACGCGAAUUCAAGCCAACCAUUCUCGUCGGCGUGCCGGCCGUCUUCGAAACCGUCAAGAAGGGAAUUUUGGCCCAGUUGAACAAGGCCAGUUUUGUCGCGAGGAACCUGUUCUGGGGCGGAAUGACCGCCAAGGCCUUCCUCCUUGCAGCUGGCCUCCCGGGUGCUGGCGUUUUGGAUGCCGUUGUUUUCAAGAAAAUCAAGGAAGCCACCGGCGGCCGUCUGCGCAUAUUGAUGAACGGUGGUGGGCCGAUCGCCAAGGACACGCUCAAGUUCAUUUCGUAUGCGAUCGCUCCGAUGAUCAGCGGUUACGGCUUGACCGAGACAACUGCCAUGGGAGCGCUGCAAGACCCCCAGGCAUGGAACCCAGAAGCUCUUGGCGACAUCCCCGCUUCGAUAGAGAUCAAGCUUGUCGACUUCCUGGAAGCCGGCUACUCGGUGAAGAACACGCCUCCACAGGGUGAGAUCUUGAUCCGCGGUGGCAGUGUCACCCGGGGCUAUUACGACAACGAGGAGGAAACCAAGAGCGCCUUUACCGAAGACGGCUGGUUCCAAACCGGAGACAUUGGCGAGUUCGACCACUAUGGCCAUCUGCGAAUCAUCGACCGGAAGAAGAACCUGGUCAAGACGCUGAAUGGCGAGUACAUUGCUCUCGAAAAGCUGGAAUCUGUCUACCGCGCCCAUUCCGUUGUGGGCAACAUCUGUGUAUAUGCUGCGGACAACGAAAUCAAGCCGGUUGCCAUCAUUGUGCCGGCCGAACCUGCUCUGAUCAAGAUUGCCAAGGCCCACGGGAUCGAAGGCGAAAGCCUGGGCUCUCUCGUUCACAAGGAGGAUCUGAAGCGCAUUGUGUUGAAGGAACUACAGGCCGCUGGCAAGGCUGGUAAUCUCCGAGGCAUCGAGAUCAUCGACGGUGUUGUUCUGGCAGAUGAGGAAUGGACCCCACAAAACGGAUUCACCACUGCCGCCCAAAAGAUCCAGCGCAAGAAGAUUGUGGACCACUACCGCGCUGACAUUAACCGUGCCUAUGGCAAAUAA